GUCGCAGACGCAGGAGGAUCCAUUGCGGAGGCGAGCAAUGAGCUGACGACUAUGUCCGCCGAUCUUCAAGUCAAGGUUUUCGAGGAGUAUCAGAAAGCAAAGGAGAUCCGAACAAAGGAACACGAAUACGGAGACUUGCAGGGGACUUACAGAGUCGACGUUCAACUCUUUUCGAGGGCGGAAGAGGAUCAAGAACGUGGCACUGCCGAUUCGUCGGCUCCGGCGGGAAGUCACCAGCGGCAGCGAAGAUCAGCAGAUGGACGACAGCUGCAGGAGUUCAUUGUGGACAACAGAUGGUUGAAAGCACAGACGGAUGGCUUGAGCUACCGCAACACGAAAUUCAUGGAGGAUCAAGAUAUCACCCGACCUGUGGCGCCAUGGUUCUCGGUCGUCUUUGGCUAUGAUGAAGAGGACGGCUGGGUCAAGCUUGAAGAUGGCAGCUACUUGCCGUCUUUUGUGAACGAAGUGCCGGUAUUGACAGUUCCUCAGGACGAUCAGUGA